AUGCACAUCAGAUCCAGACUCUCUGUUUUGUCAUCUUCAAUGGCUCUUGGGUUGCUUCAGAUCCUGAUGAUCACUUCUCUUCACUUGAUCUCUCUAUCAAGUCACCAAGAGACAAGAAUCCUUGCGCAGUUAGAAGACGAUGUGGUUCUGUGUGAAUCGCAGAUGGAGAAUUGGAAAACAAAUUUGGAAGUAAUGGCAGCCAAGGAGGAACAGUACAUACAGCAGUAG